AUGACCAUUACAACUCGAAGUAGAAAACUACUUCAAAGUGAGAGUGAACAGGUGGUCGUAGUGGAAAAUGUUGAACAAGAAGAUGAGGUGCAAGUUGAGGUACCAAAUGUUGUUGAAGUUAAAAGAAUCCCGAAGAGGGUGAAAGCUAAAGAUGUGAGUCGUGAAAAGGUUGAGGAAAAAGUAAUAGAGGCACCAAAACCUCUAGUACCGAUUCCUAGACCUCCUACUCAAUUUCCUCAAAGACCAGCUAAAAGGGUUGAUGAUAGCAAACUCGAGAAGUUCUAUGAUAUUUUAAAGCAAUUAUCGGUGAACAUUCCAUUUAUGGAAGAGUUUCAAGAGAUGUACGGUUUUUCUAAGUACUUGAAGGACUUGAUCACUAAAAAUAAAACCAUCAAGAAUGAAGUGGUGAGUUUCACCUACCGGGUUAAAUCCAUCAUUACAACAACCACCGUCCAAAAGAAAGAGGAUCCGGGGGCUUUCAUCAUUCCAUGCAUUAUUGGAUUGCAUGACUUUGCACAAGCUCUUUGUGAUAAUGGGGCUAGCAUUAAAUUAAUGCCUCUUGAUAUCUAA